UACAGCAUUCCGUGGGCGUGUUUGCCGUUAUUGGACGUUUUUGAGUCACGCUCACUGAAUUCAAAUGUUCCCGCUUGCGAGCUGUAGAUGAUGAAGUAAAAAUAUAAGUAAAAUUAUAAGUUACGUAAAUAACGACAAGGUUACGCUGAAGUUCGAUCGGUUAGCACUGGCCUGGCUGCGUCAUCAUGUCCGAGAACGUGUUCGAAUGUGACAUUUGCUUCAACGAUUUCGACCAGGCGGAGCGCACUCCCAAGCUGCUGCCAUGCGGCCACACCUUUUGCCUGGCGUGCCUCUUGGCCGUGGUGAGGAGCGACUCGAGCUGCCCGAAGGACCGGAAGCUGUUCCCGACGCAUCCCCUGGAGCUGGAAACCAAUUACCAAAUUUUCGCGUGGCUUGGAGGUACUAGCCGCUCGAGGCCCGCCGCCGACGGAAAGAAGCUAUUUGUUGCUCGCAUACCACCUGAAGCGACGGAGACCGACAUUCAGUUAUUGUUCACCCAAUUCGGCGACGUCAAGGAGACGGUUCUCAUCCGCGCGCUGUCCGGAGGGCAUUACAAGAAGUACGGCUUUGUAACCUUCCAGAGCGAAGACUCGGCUCAGUUGGCCUUACGGAACCAGCCCAUAUUGCUGGACGGCUCAAGACUCUUCGUGGAUGGCGCCAAACCUAAAGGUAACAACUCAGUGGCGCCGAAUCAGCAAGGACAGGCGUGGGUUCCUCCUGGCUACCCUUAUUCUCACCGAGUUUUCGUGGAAUGGAUUCCUCGCGGCCUCAAAGACUCCCAACUGAUUGCUGCAUUCAGCAAGUACGGAGCUGUCGAGGCUGUUCGGUGCGAGAGACGAGCCGCACGCCGAAACCACGCCUUUGUCACGUUCGCCUUGCCGGAGGCAGUGGACAGGGCCUGCCGGGACCAGGUGGUGGUGACGUCGACGGGACACCGUCUGCGCUUCCGCCGGCUCCGGGAGUGUGAGCCCCCCUCCAGUGCACGGCGACCAGCCCCGCAGCGGCAGCCCGCCCAGCGACCUCACCACCGCCGCCAGUCUGGACACGGCUCCGAGCGCGUCAUCCUCACGCAGCCUGACUGCUGCAGCGUUCAGUGA